UGACUUCUCAAAGCUGAACAAGGAGGACAUUUAUUACAACAACGACUUGGCAUUCCAAACUGCAGAGCGCCAUUUGGGAAUACCGGCUCUCUUGGAACCGGAGGACAUGGUGGAAUAUCCGGUACCCGAUCGCCUAUCAAUUCUCACAUAUCUGUCACAAUACUACCAGACGUUUGUCGUCGCACAAGGAUCUCCAUCAAGAAUUGUUCCUAAACGGCCGAACAAUGCGUCCGUCGGCGGCGUCGUGUCGCCCUCCUCGAAAAGUCCAUCACCGAAGAUUCCCAGACCUAGUGGUGGUGUAGGUCGUAGGGAGCCCUGCGCUAAAUGUCGCCUUCCCGUUUUUAUAGCGGAACGUCUGAGCGUAGGAAAACAACUUUACCACCGAACUUGCUUCCGCUGCGCUCGCUGCAAUAGCCAACUAGCGUUGGCCAACUACUACGAGACCGAAAUCGAAAAUCAGUUCUGUUGCGAGGUCUGCCCUGACGAGGAGAAGCUCCAGCCGGACAAGUCGGUGCUGACUCGGUCGCUGAGCGAUGAAGAGAAAUCGAUUGGUUUGCAAAAAUUCGACGACCAAGAUGAUUACACUUCCGUUUAUGAGACUGCUUUAGACAAGCAGACGGUGACUGACAGCGCACGUUCGGCCUUCUUCACCACUCACCUGGCAGACGAAGAAGUUCCCGAGUUGCCUAAAAGUAUGCCUCCGAUUAUACAACAGACCGAACCACCUGACAUUCAGCGAGUUAGUGAAAGCGUAGUUACCACAGAUAAAGACUUAAGUAAUGAUAGUAACAGUAUUAUUAGUGCACCAUUUGAAUCUUUUGAUAGUGGUUAUCCGUCGAUUCGUCAAGAAGACGCGGUUGUAUAUAGUAGCGAUAAGUUAAGUGACGAUGUUAACAAAAACCAGCAGCAGACUGCCAUUGAAUCGCUGGAUUUUGAGUCGACCAAAGAAACUAAAACUACCAGUAACGAUAAUAGAAUUUCUUUGGUGAAGUCUCGCGCACUUUUAUUCGAAAGUAAACUAACACAAAAUAAUGAAAUUAAAUCACCACAAAAAUCCGCAGUGCCUUUAGAGUCUCCUAUUAUUAAUAGCUUAGAUGAGUCCAUUAAUAGAUUAGACAACCAUAGUGAUGAUAAAAUUGAGCAAGAUGUAAAAACGCCAUCUAGAUUAGAAAACCAUAGUGAUGUAGAAGAUAAACCGAUUAAAGUUGAUCAAGAUUUAACUCCCUCAAGUGUCAAAGACGAAGAAUAUCCAGAGGACCUCAAUCCAUUUGGUGACAACCUUGACGACACCCCAAAGCCUGCAAUUCGAAAGAAAUUCGCCAACAAAAGGGCGAUCGAGCCAAAACCGUACAAUCCGUUCGACGAAGAUGAUGACGACCUCCCAGUCCCAGUUGAGCCCACAAUUCGCGUUAGUACCAAUCCGUUUGAUACAGAUGACGACGAACCAGAGGAGGAAGUACAAAUCAGGCAAAAGCCGGUGCCAUUGCCCAGAAAUUCGAGGAGUUUGGUGAAUACACCCGAACCGAAGCCGAGAAAAUUAUCCUUGCCGGUCUCUAAAGAAAUCUACGGGUCGAGUACUUCUUUAAAUAGUGCCCAUUCCAGUAUCGGUACUUCGAGAAAGAAAAAACCUGCACCAAAACCGCCCACGGAAUCGCCGCGCAGUUCGGUUACAUCAAGUCCCUGCGUCAGCGUGCAACACUCGCCCAAGACUACGCCGAAGAUACGCAAGAACAAAAAAGCUCCACUUCCGCCUACGAUCACCUCCACGCCUGUUACGAAUCUAAACACAAUGAGCUUAAAUAUUUCUGCGAUAUCGCACGACUCGUCUGAUUGGAGUGAUGAGAAAAUUAUGAAAGAUGAAGUCAACAGAAAUCGUCAAAGCCAAAUUAUUAACAGUCCUGAAUCGCCGUUGAGCGAAGAUUACUCGAUACCCAACAAAAGCACCUACGGCAAAUGGAAACGACGCAAAGGUCCAGCGCCCUCGCGCCCGAUUCCACAAAGGAGACACAUCAAUCCUUUACCGAUUGGCGAGAUUAAAAGAGAACUAGAAUUCAUAGAAAUACAACAGCAGGGCUUGGAAAAACAGGGAGUUAAACUGGAGCAAAUUAUUCGGGAGAAAUGCGAAGGGCCCAACGAGCAAUCCAACACGACCCUCUCCCCUGAAGUUGACGAUUUAAUUUUGCAGCUUUUCGACUUGGUGAACGAGAAAAAUGAUUUGUUCCGUAAGCAAGCGGAACUGAUGUAUUUACGCCGACAGCAAAGAUUAGAGGAGGAGUAUGCAGAUUUAGAGUAUCAAAUUCGUUGCUUAAUGUUACAACCGGAAAUUAACAAGACAGACAGUGACAAGGCUAGAGAAGAGGAACUAAUUACUCGUCUUGUCGAGGUCGUGGAGAGGCGGAAUGAAAUAGUUGAAUGCUUAGAAAUGGAUCGAAUUCGGGAGGCGGAAGAGGAUGAUAGCAUAAAUAACCAACUGACUUUAUACACUCUGAAGCGAGAGGAUCUUACUGCGAAGAUGAAGGAUGACCUAAAGCAAAAGAAGAAAAAGAAAGAUAAAAAAUUUAAACUAAGAGGUUCAAAAAAGACUGAUGCGGAUAAAGACGUCGACGAAUCUGAAUGUUCUACUGUCACUAUCAUGAAAGAAAAAAAGAAAAAGAAGUUUAGUAUUUUUUGAAAAUUCAGUUUAAGUAGAAUGCUCAAUUUUUAUUUAUCGACUUUUAUAGCAUUUCUGUUCUUUUUUACUUGUAGGAAAUUUGGUUACUUUUUUGUUACAAAUAAUGCAAUUUAGUUUUUGUGUGCAAAUUGUAUUUUUCUAAAUGUACACAACUCCUGUGAUUAUGUAGAGCAUAUAUCUGAAUACAAUUAUCUGUAAUAUAGUCA